AUGUCUAGCCCCAACAAAGAAUCUCAGAGGAGUGACAGUGACUCCUCCAUCACGGCUGUUGACUAUAUCCAAAAACAGUCAGAGCUUGAAAAAGAAGCAAGAGAGCUCAUGCCAUAUGAGCCAGACAAAUGUACUUAUGAAAUGGGUGAGCUCCGUCAAUCAAUUUACGCUUGUUUAACUUGUUCAAAGGAGAAUGACGAAACUCCAAUUGGGAUUUGCUAUUCUUGUUCAAUCCAUUGCCAUUCUCAACAUGAACUUGUUGAGCUAUUCACUAAACGUUUGUUUGUUUGUGAUUGUGGAACAACACGAAUGUCAAAGACACCAGAUGGGGCAUGUAAGUUAAGGAGGCAAGCAGGAGACGCAGAUUUAAGAGAUAGAAGAAACUUGUCUUCAGUUCCGUCUAUUUCAGCCGCAACAAAUAGUCAACGCCGACAUUCGAGCCUGGUACAAUUGGAGGCAGAGGAUAUACCAAGUAGCUCAAACGUAUACAAUCAGAAUUUUCAUGGUAGAUUUUGUGGGUGCAAACUGCUUUAUAACCCACUUGAGGAAACUGGAAACAUGCUUCAAUGUUACUUUGGAUUCGAGUGUGGGGAAGAUUGGUACCAUGACCAAUGCAUUAUGGGGUUUGCUCCAGAUACAUUUAAAACUAAGGAGAAUACGGAUGGAUCAACGGAAGCUGGUGAGAAUAUGUUAGAUAAAUUGUCUCCAGCAGGGUUGACUGCGGAACAAAAAGAGUAUGCAUUUGAGGGAGCUCCUAAGGACACUUUUGUCGAUACAGUGAAUACAAUUCAAAACAGUGAAGAGAGUAACGGCAAUGAAGUUGAUAAAACUUUUGAAAAGGAAAAAGAAGAAGGCACCAACAAUAAGGAGAAGGAGCAAGAGAAGGAGCAAGAGAAGGAGCAAGAACAAGAGCAAGAGCAGGGGCAAGAACAAGAGCAAGAACAAGAAGAUAUAGAUGACCAGGAAAUGAUUAAAAAGUUGAAAUACUUUCCGCCCUUGAGUUCAUUUGACCAGUUUAUAUGCUGGCAAUGCGUCGCUAAGUUUGCCGCAAUAUUCAAUGAGUUGGAGAAACUUGUACCCCAAAUUGUGCAUGCAAAGUUGCCCAGGUUCGAAGGGGUGAAAACUGUUGAGGAAUGGCAUGAGCUUGCUCAAAAGGAUAACGAGCCUAUGAGAAAAAGGGUCAAAUUAGAGUCACCACCAAAUACCGCUACCACUGAAAAUGAAUACGCAGGUAACACCCAAAACCUUAGCUCGUUAUUCCUUUCAAACGAUUUCAAAGAAAAACUAAAGGAAGUAAUUCCAAAAGUUGACAAGGACUCAAAACUAGCACAAUUUUUACACAAUAACAGCUUUCUUUAUGACGAAGAUCCUAUUUACGAACCACCUAUGGACCUGUCGGAAGAGGAGUGGUCCACAACUGUAUCUUACUUAGACAUGAGUGCAGCCGAUGCAAUGCACUCUUUACCAAGAAAACAGGCAAUAGAAACAAUACAAGGAUACGACAAAAUGAGAGCAAAGUUACGCGAGUUUUUCAAACCAUUUGCAGAGCAAGGGAAAGUUGUUACUGAAGAGGAAGUAAAAAGCUUUUUUGGAACAAUUAAUAAUGGCGACACCAAAUAG